GGGGGUCGGGGUCGGGGUGGGGGGGCCAUGGCCCACGGUACUGCGCCCAGGAAUAUGCUGAAGUGUGUGGUGAUCGGGGACGGGGCUGUGGGGAAGACGUGUCUGUUGAUGAGUUACGCCAACGAUGCCUUCCCGGAGGAGUAUGUGCCGACGGUGUUCGACCAUUACGCAGUCACAGUCACGGUGGGAGGUAAACAGUAUCUCCUUGGACUUUAUGAUACCGCAGGGCAGGAAGACUAUGACCGCCUGAGACCUCUGUCUUAUCCCAUGACCGACGUCUUCCUGAUCUGCUUCUCGGUAGUGAAUCCAGCCUCCUUUCAGAAUGUAAGAGAGGAGUGGGUGCCUGAGCUAAAGGAACAUGCGCCAAAUGUUCCGUUUCUGCUAAUCGGAACCCAGGUUGAUCUUCGCGAUGACCCAAGAACUUUAACUAAACUGAAUACCUUGAAGGAAAAGCCUGUGACGACAGAGCAAGGGGAGAAGUUGGCAAAGGGGAUUGGAGCAUACUGCUACGUGGAGUGUUCAGCCUUAACGCAAAAAGGACUGAAGACGGUCUUUGAUGAAGCCAUAAUUGCUAUCCUAACUCCAAAGAAAAAUGUUUUGAAAAAAAGACUUGGAUCAAGAUGCAUAAAUUGCUGUAUGAUCACAUGAGAGGGAAGAUGCAGCAAGGACUGACCAUGUCCACUGUGAAAAAAAAAAACCCUGCAGCAACUAUAAAGCAGUUAUGUGUAUUACACAAGAGUGUGCGUGUAGCAGCCGAAGAUGAAAGUACACUAAAUUCACUGGGAACUGUACAAAGUUCUGCUGUGCUGGCUGGAGGAAAAAAGCAAAUUUGCGAAUUGAUGUCAUCUGGAGGAAUUCAUUUCCCUGGAGGGUACAGAUGCAAGAUUCUCAGGGGUUGUUUCACCGACAAAUACAAUCUUUUCCUCCCUCCUCCUCCCCCCCCCCCCACGUUUUAAAUGGGGGAAGUGAAUCAUCUAGACUCGAGCAUGCUAUAAAACUUAACGUAUCAUUUCUGGGACUAACCACAUGUUCACGAGAACAGACAACUUUUUAUUCUCCCGCGAACGCAGCCUUGGGAGGAAGCUGGCCAAAACGAACCGCGGGCACGGCUUGGAAUCCGGAGUCGGUUGGGUUGGGUUGGGUUGAGCAGCGACGGCCCGCUGUCAGCUAUCUGCUUUUGUACGUGAGCUGCUUCUUGUGCCAGUGUAUCCACAGGGGUGCCCCGACCAGACCGACGGCGAACCCAAAGGUCGCCCCGAGCGUGCAGGAAACCGGCCACACCUGCAAAAAAAAAAAAAAAGACAACAUGCACAUUAAAAUGUCUUCUGCAGCCCCUCUCCGACGCACAGGACGAAGCACAGAUUUUAAAGUAGCCGAAAUUUGAUCGUUUUUCUUUUCUUCCUUCCUCCCCCCCCCCCCCCCACUGCCUAAUCGGGUUCCGACUGAAAAGACGUCAAAUUGUAAUCGGUAUUGUGCAACUUUUCCCCCAUGUAUUCUGUACUUUUUGGAGAGUUUAAAAAGCAUUUUUUUUUUCCCCCCAUGGUUUGAUUUUCAGCAUUUAGUAGAAUGCAGCAUUUACAUAAAUAUAUAUAUACACACACAUAUAUAUAUAUGUGUGCAAAAUAUUUCUUAGAGCAGGUCAAUCUUCUGUAGGUUUCAUCUAUUUCAGUAAUAAUUUCAAACACUAACUUGCAGACGUUACCUAUUAUUUGAGAUAGCUCUUGUAUUUUUAAAAUCUAUGAAAGUCUGGCCAAAUAAAAAUGUGAAACAGCUGAAACAGUUAAUUUUUUUUAAAAAUGAGAUUUACAAGCUACAUCUAAAGUGUGUAUAUAUAUAAUAAAAAUAGGUUUGACUCUUGUUUUUCCUGUUAAAUGAAGUGUCUGUUGGGCCGAAUGCUGAAAACUCACCUUUUUAAUAUUGUUUGAUACCAAAAUAAAUUUUUAUUAUCUCAAA